CUUGUGUAUGUCUUAAAAGCUGGAUCACAGCAUGCAUGCUCAUGUAAGCUUCACAAGGCCUUGCAUGCUUUGGGCUCUUUUGUUGGUGACGCAAAUACGCCCGUCACGACUGCACCAAAAUUUGUCCAUGGAGUGCACAUGCCACCAAAAUUCAGGUCUUUCAGGGUCCUUCAAGAAGAAUGAGCGUUUAGCUGCGGGUAGUCAGUUGAACUCCAGAGCGUACGACCAGGAAAUCCCACUAAUGGCAACAAGUUUCUGUGGGGUGUUUCAUAGGACAGUUGCCGUCAUGAGUAACCGAGACCUAAGACCACUGGCCGAACUAGCGCGAUAGCAUCAAAUACUCUCAUUUCCCUUGUCUUCGUGCCGAGCCAAAGCCUUAUCCCUACAAGUCCUAAAGGAGCACGAUAGGAUAGGUAUUAAAUAAAUUUUCAGCAUCUGCCGCCCUAUCCUAUCACUUCCUGUUUUCGCUGGGCAACGUUGAACUGACCUGGGUUCUGAUCAGUGGCAGUGAA